CAGUAAAUAAUUUUAUAACCAAAAUACAAUAAAAAUAAAUUUUUAUUCUCCCUGUGUUGUUUAGACAUUUACUUCUUACGCAUGCGCAUAAAUGUUAACACACAGGUGGUCGCACAAAAAAUAUAAAAAGUUGUACGCGGAUUUGUUAUCGAUAUUAAUUUCGAGGGCUGCAUAAUUGCGAUAAGGUUAAAUAUAGUCAUACCUGGCAGGCGAAAAAUAUAUUUAACACAAAAAAUAAAACGAUUUGUUAAAAAUAGAUAGCAAUCAUUUGAAAGGAGGGAAUUGUAUCCUAAAGAACUACCUUCAUUUUACCACGGAAUGGUACCGACAGAGCGAUUAGUGAACUCGUUUUCAGUUGAUGCGCUUAUAAGUAGUAAAGGUGUGAACACACAUGGAAUUACAGCUGAAGUAUUGCAAAAUUAUUUGUUCGGAAAAAAAAAAACAAUUUUCAAAGAUCCCACGACUUAUCAAGAUACUAUGGGCAACCUUAGUGCAAAUAAGUGUGUUUUAAACCCACUAACAGUAAAUUUACCGAACCAACUAAGAAUAGAGCCGUCUUCAAUACCUUGUCAACCAUUAGGCGUGUUUACUUCAGCAUGGGUAAAAAAAGGAACAAAGAUGGGUCCAUACACCGGCAAACUUUUCACUCCUGAUGUUCGAAACAGGUUUGAAGACUCGAGUUACAUGUGGGAGAUUUUUGACCGUAAUGGAGAGGUGAAUCACUUCAUAGAUGGAAAAGAUGAGUUAGACCGCAAUUGGAUGUGCUACGUACAAUGUGCUCGCAGUGAUCAAGAACAAAACCUUGAAAUCGUUCAGCAUGGGAAUGAGAAGAUAUUUUAUUACGCUUUGAAAGACAUACCACCAAACCAAGAGUUACUUGUGUGGUAUGGAAGCAAUGUUGAUAUGUUUCUAGGUAUACCGCAACAUCGACUACACUUCCCCUCGAAAUUACACCAAGUGCUUCCUGAAGACUGGGGUCACGGCGAAGUUUCUAGCAUCAGGACGAGGCUACACUGUACUGUCUGCAGAAGAGGCUUUAACUCACGAAGCAAUCUGCGUUCCCAUAUGAGAAUACAUACACUUGAAAAGCCGUUUCAUUGUAAAUACUGUAAAAAAUCAUUCAGCCAAUCGUCGACUCUUAGAAACCAUGUUAGACUUCAUACUGGAGAAAGACCAUACAGUUGCUCUGUGUGUAAGAUGGCAUACUCUCAACUUGCUGGUCUAAGAGCUCAUCAGAAAAGCGCAAGACAUCGUCCGCAAGGUAGAACAGUUUCCUCUCCCUAAAGAAAAAUGAAAAUACAGAGCACUUGUGAGAUGAGGAGGAGAGCUAUCUUGAAGUUGAAACGAAAAGUUGAAAUCAUAAUACAAUGAUAAUUGAAUACCCUGGGCUGUACUGUAAAAUAUGGCCUAGUUAGCUAAGCCUUCUUCGAGAAUAAUAGGAUGGAAUUUCUCACACAUACUUUUUUGAUUUCCCAGUAAAAAGAAUUAUGUUGGGUAUCUCUGGCGGAGUGAUUUGAGGUUUCGUGAGGCUUUAGCUAGCCAAUCAGCGCUACGAAUUUAAACCGGUUGAAAAUAGCUAUUAGUUAACAAUAAUCCGAUAACGGGCUUUAUAUAGCACGGUAUAACUUUUAACCUCAUAGCAACCAUCAUAACUACAAAUUUAAACAAAUAACAUUGCCAGAGAAUCGUUCAAACACAAACAUACAUACUCAAUAAUUGAGUAAAUCCAAAAUUUCGAAUCACUCCGCCAGAGAAACAACAAGAAAUGUUGAUUAUUUUUAAUUUCUUAUAUUUUGACCUCGGGUAAUAUUUUUCGGUAUAGAUAGACACCACAGUUCAUAUUGUAUUCGGUAACUUUUACCGUCAUAGCAACCAUAAAUGUAAACAAAUAACAUUGCUACAUACUUAAAAACUCAAAAAUCAUGUUGUAUUUCAUGUUCUUUUUACAUCUCCCUAACAGAAAAUUAAAACAAAAAACCCAACAAUUUUGGAUUUGGUAAAUUCGUAGGAGUGGUACAUCGCGUGACAUAUUUUAUAAAACAUAUUUCAUAUCCACAAAUCUUUGUAUUUGACAUUGACCGACUUGUCACCAGCAAUUGGAUUAACAACUUGAUCAGU